AUGCUUCUGCGCUUCUCUCGCUUCGUCCGCUUCGCGGCCAACAACACCGCGAGCCAGGCGCUGCGAAAGGAAGUCGCCAGCGACGCAGCCGCGUUCGCUGAAACAGCCGCGACGAAAGCGGCUGAAACGGCAGCGAAGGCUGCGGGGCAAGCCGCUCCUCCUCACCCCCCUUCUUCGUUUGCCGCUGCGUCCUGGCAGUCUUUCAAGAAGUAUGGAAUGACCACGCACUUUUGGGGGCCGGUCGUCAACUGGGGAUUCGUCAUUGCCGGUUUGUCCGACAUGCAGAAAUCCCCGGAAGUGAUCAGCGAGAGAAUGACGGGAGUCCUGUGCGUGUACAGCUUGCUCUUCAUGCGUUUCGCGUACAUGAUUCAGCCGCGCAAUUUCCUGCUCUUCGCCUGCCACUUCUGCAACGAAGCCGUCCAGCUCACUCAGCUCUUCAGGAAGUUGAAGUACAACUCGGAGCAAGCAGCCAGGAAAACUGUGAAGGCGGCUUAA